AUGUUUGGGAAUGAAAUAGAAUCAUCUAUUGCCGAUUCGGACUUACAUUUGGAUAAGGUAAAAACGGCUCGAACAGUAAUGCAUGGCACCGAGAGGUUGAUCAAAACCGCCUUCAACGAAGUUGAUAGUACACUGAAAACCGAUGGAGGUUAUGUCUCCAAUAAUGAACCGAAUAAAGAAUCCAAGGAAUCGGUUAACUCUAAGAAGGAUGAGAUUGAUGGUUUUUUUCAAAGUCUCUCUAAACCAACGGCGUCAAACCUGCAGAAAGCAGAUGCUUUAGAUGGACAUGAUUUGAAACACAUGAAGAAAACUAAGUCCACAAAAAGUUGUUCUAAGGAUGAUAGAGCUAAUAAAUUUGCAGAUGUUUCGAUCGGAACACAUACGCUGGAAUGCAAUGAUGAUGAUAACUCUCAAGAGAUGUCUGCAUAUGAUUACGAAAAAUAUAAAAAAUCCUACAUUGAAAUGGAUGAUGUCAAUAAGUGGGUACUCACAACCGGAACUGUUGUGGAAGAGCUAUUUACAUUUGCAAAUAUGAACA